AUGAGUAGUGUGGCAAGCAGUAAAACAUCGACAGCCUCCCAGAAGAGAGAGAAGCUGAAGGCAUUAUUGAGCGAUAAGGUGUUGGAUUUGAUCAAGAAAGGAAGCAAGGACGUAAAAAUUACUCCCGAAGUUUUGACUCUCAUUUCAAAAGAAGUGGAGGCUUUGAUUAAGGAAGGCAAGGGCUCCGAAUCCGAAUUGAAGAGUAUUGCAACAAAGGCAAAGAAUUUACUCCCAAGGAAUACUAGCUCGGCUGGAUCGAAACCAUCGGUUCCUCCGAUCGACACAAGAAGCGUUGCUUCUCGACAAAGCGACUCUCACAAUGAAGAACAUUCCCAUACCAGCGACGUCAAAGCAUCCAAAGAAGAGGAAGAGGAAGAAGUGGUGAUCACAACAUUAGGAGGCCAAUUUGGAGGUGGUAUCAAGAAGGCGGCCAAACCAAAGACAAAACCAACCACUGGUGACGACAUCUGGGCUGCUAUCGCACUAAAGGAUACGGAAGAGUAUCACAGGGAACAACAUGAUGAGUUUUUGCGCCAAAAGAACAAGCAGGUUGAGCUUCGACAAACUUUAAAACAACAAGCAGAGGAGAAUAAGCGUCAACAAGAACUUAAGAAGCAAAUGGAGCAAAAAUAUGUUGAGGAGCAACAAGAAAUUGUAAAGAGAGAAAUUGAGGAAGAAAAGAAAAAGGAGGAAGAACGCAAACAACGAAUUAUCGAAGAAAAAAGAGUUCGAGACCAACAAUUAGAGCAGUCUAAAAUGAGAAAGCAAAUGAUUGAGCAUAAGAAAAAGGAAGAAGAAGAAGAGUUGGUUCAAAAAUUGAAAAAGCAAAUUACUAAAGAAAAGGAAAAAGAACUCAAAACACGAGAGCACAACAAGAAAGAGCUGUCUUCGUUCCUUGCAUACAAUGAUACAAUCAAAGCAAGAAAAGAGGAGGAAGCAAAGAAAGAGAUUGAAGAAGACAUUAAAGCUUUGAAAGCCUAUGAAGAAAAGCAACGUCAACAAGAAUUACGACGUGAAAUGGAAAUGAAAAAGAUGUACGAAAGACAAAGUUUUUCAAUUGCUUUGGCAACUAAACUAGAGGCUAAUUUGGACGAAAAAGCCAAGGAAGACGAGAAGAAGGCAGAACGUAUUCAAGCCGAAAUGGAAAUGAAGAAGGAUUUGGAGCAAAAACAGAAGCUGGAGAAAUCGAAAAAGCAGAAGGAAGAAAUUAUGGACACUCUUGCCAAACAAAUUCAAAACAAGUUUGACACAAGAAAAGAGCAAUUUACUCAAGAGCAACAAAUGAAGAAACAAAUUGAAGAGGACAUCAAAAAGGCAGAACAAGAAGAAAAAGAGCGAAGAAAGAAGUUCAAAGAAAACCUAAAGAAUCAACGUGAAGUGCUUAAUUCACAAGUCAAACAAAAGCAAGAAUUUUCAGCAAAAGCCAGUGCCAUGUCGGAAACUGAAAUGAAGCUGAAUAGUGAUAGGCUGAAGAAGAUUAAUGUUUUGUAA